CGCUCGCAUACGCUUCAGAAAAGCUCCGGAAAUUCAAAGAUUCUUUCAUUACCGCUAGCUUCUUGGCAAAUUCGUACAUGGCUUCUUGUUUGAAGAGCUAGUGACGCACUCAUUUUGGGUAAAUACAUCAACUACAGUGAACGGAGGAGGCCGUUAGUGGUUCAGAUUUUGAAGAAGCUCCUGGUAACUGUCCUCUGCGGAAAGGCCGUCUUAUUUCUGUUGUCGUUUUGCAAUUAUCCUUGCCGUUACUGACUGAACAACUUUAAGUGCUGAAUAGUGGAUAAAGAGACAGAGCAUCUGAAGGCUUUCAUGCUUCUGAUUUAGUUUGUCUUUUGAAAAGAGAAGAAACAAACUAAAAGCCAGCUUUAGUCAGCCUUGCAUCUGAAAGUAUAGUUUCGAGACUAAUCGGAGCAUUUUGAUGUUCAUAAUGCUGUUGCAAAUAAUGACCCUCCUCCUGCUGGCCGGAGUGGCAUCAGAACAAAGCGUCGAAGAAAAUCACGGACGAAGAAGACAAGCAAGGCAAGCUGGAGGGGGGUUAAAUUGCCCCAUUGGUCUUCCUCAGAAAUCUACCGACGAAUGCCGAGAUAUUCGCGAAAAAGACUUGGAAGUCCAGAGGGGAAUUUAUCAACUGGCAGUACGCGAACCUUUGCCUAUGCCAUUAGUUAAUAUGAGCGCGUUAACACUCAUCCAAUUGCUUUCACAAGACGAGUUUGCAAAGGAACAGUUUAAUGGUUACGUUGGUAUGCUGAGGAAAAACAAAGGCUUCACCGCACAGUGGAAAAAGCAACAUCCUGGAGAGAUUACAGAGUUCCAGGAUUAUGCAAAUAUUUUUAACGAUUUUAGAAGUACAUUGGGAGAUGAUGGAAGUACUGGGUUCUAUCGGUACGUCACGAAUGUCGAGCCAUUUCAGAAUAUUCUGGAGGACUGGAGAGAGGAUGAUAUGUUCACUGAGCAGAGGCUAAGUGGCUGUAAUCCCAUGGUGCUUCGCAGGGUGACAGAAGAUUCCUCUGAAGUGGGUCUCAGAUGGUCAGAGUUGGUCAAGACACUUAGUCCAAGCUACGACUGGGAAAAGGCGAUACAGACUGCGAUGGAAACAGAUGAAUCGUUAGCACAGGCUAUAAAGAAUGGCGAUGUUUAUGUUCUGCGAUAUGAAAUGUUUGAUGACAUGGCUACCUUCCCUGAUUAUUCUGAGAAGCGACCGGGUCGCACAAUGUGGCCGUCGAAAUCACCAAUAGCUUUGUUUGCCCUGAACAAGGAAAAAAGACUACGAGCAGCAGCAAUUCAGACCGAUUACAAGCCAGAUUCGCCCGUUUUCGCCCCUAGUGAUGGUGGGUCCUGGAUGUUGGCCAGACAGGUUGUCCAGGCAACAGAUUACACGCACAGCCAGAUGAUAGAACAUCUUCUAAAGGUCCAUCUUUUGGCAGAACCCUUUUGCGUGGUCAUGCACCGUCACCUUUCCUCUCAGCACCCGCUGAAUGAGCUCCUCAAGUACCACUGUAGGGGCCUUUUAGCCACAAACACCUUGGGCUCACCAUCACUGGUCAACGAAGGUGGUUACAUGGACAUUCUGACCGCCAUAGGCCACAAAGGAACCAUACUACUCUUGGAGCGAGGCUACAAGACGUUGGGUUGGAAAGACACAGAUUUUCAUCAGGACAUAAAGAAACGGGGCCUUGAUGACAAAAUCAAAUUUCCUUACUUUCCGUAUCGCGAUGACAACAGAUUGUUACUGAUGGCAAUAUCAAGAAUGGUGGAGGAUUACAUUUGGGUUUUUUACAAACGAGACAGGGAUGUCCAGGAGGACGAAGAGUUACAAGCCUAUGUAAAUGAGUUAUCUAUUGAGGGGACUGGACCGAAUGGUGGAUCUGGCCAGGUUAAAGACUUUCCGGCCGUGUUAGAGACUAAGAGCGAGCUUAUAGACGUGAUAACGAGGUUGCUGUGGUUGUUAAGCGUGAAGCAUUCUACGGUAAAUUAUCCCGUGAGUGACUACGGAGCCUUUACACCUGUCUUACCAACCAAGCUUUAUAAUGACACCAGUGUACCGCCAGGAGUGUUCUCCGAGUUGAAUUUACCAAAUCGCAACAUAUCCCUUGCCCAGAUCGAGGUAGCUAUGAACGUGGGAACAUACCAUUAUGACACGUUAUUUGAUUAUUACGGGCAGCUCAAGAAUCCAGCAGCAAAGCAAGUGGUUAGGUUUUAUUUCUAUUACCUUAAGUAUGCCGUUAGUCCCAGGCUUAAGUUCAGGAACUAUCGGAGACUUAAGGCUGGCCAUCUCACUUAUCCAUAUCUACAACAUCCUUGGAUUCCAAACGGAGUCCAGACAUGAAUAAUAGACAGUUAGAAUAAGUUACAUUUAAAAGUUAAAUGCGGGUAUAUUUUAGGAAUGACAAAUGUAUUCUUCGUCGAUGUGGUGAAGCUCAACUUUUUGAUCUGUUACAGACUCGGUCACCUCAAAAAUUUGACUGUUGUUACAGGUCAUUUCAAAAAGCUAAUUGUUUUAACCUCUAUCUUCUUGUGUACGCUGUGUAAUGGCGGAUAGCUAAUGAGAAAAUGGAUUGAAAAUAUGAUGACAUGCCACCUUAAUAGAGAUAUGGAGUCACAAACCGGCUCAACUUUAGUGUCUGCGUCCGCUCAGCAGAAGUGUCUGCUGACUACGGCUGUGUCUUACAGUAAAUAUGGGAAGUAAAAAUUUAAAGUAUGUUUGUCGUUCUCAAGUUCGCUUAGUACGGGUAAUCCAAUUAUCAUUAUGUCCUUUUUCAUAUUUAGGCAAUAACGAAUGUAACGUAUUCAAUUGUUACUGAACAGAUAUCUUAUUAUCUCUGUUGAUUCAAGUGUUCGUGAUCUCUAGCUUGGCUGGCUUGUUACAGGCAAGGAAAGUUACACCACUAAAAUUGUAAAAUGAUUUUAACACUUUAUUGUAAUGAAUGAUUGUUAUGGAAUAAACUUGGAAUGU